AGACAUAUUAAAUUUACAUAAAAUACUUAUAUCUUCAUCUUGUUCAUUUUUAUUUGUUUUCCAUAGCAACGCGUCGGUGCUCUCCUGAUUGGCUGUUGCUGCUUCCUGUGUUUACCUGUGUGUGUUCCGCUCUGUCAGCUGACAGCUGCUAUUUUAAACCUGCCGUCCUCCUGAGCACAGGAUUAUCAGGUGCAAAGUAGAACGCGUUUAAAUCCAUAACAGGUCUGCCGUUCCACUGAGGAAGUUUGAUCAAGAAAUGAUGAGGAAGAGGAGCAGAUACUGAGCAGAGGCUAAGCUAACGGUGCUAACAGGCUGACAGAGUGAUGUGAAGCUGCAGAGGCUCGUGCAGACCCAGUCAGGUGUUCAAGACAGGUGGGAUGACGUGCCGUCAGGAUGCAGCAGGGAUGGAGGUCCGGACCACGCGUCUCGAGCUGACUCUGCUCUAUGGUCAGACAUGGAUCACAACAACACAGAGCUGCUGAGGGAUCCUGGAGGAGAACCUGCACCAAAGACAGACCGGGAGACGUCUGAGUCCUCGUGUCCAGAGAGAGAACAGAGGAGACCUACUCCCUGCUCCAACAAUGAGGAUCUGAACACUGAUGGGUCGUGGUCUCAGAGGUCGAUCUCACGCUCCCUGCAGCGGGCAGAGAUGUUACUCAGGAGCACACUUAACCCCAGCCUCAGGUGGCUUUUUCACGUUCGCAAUCAGGACGAGGAAGAGGAGGAGGAGGAGGGAAACUUUGUGCUGGCUCACAACCUGGUGUCCCGCUCGUCUGCACGCCUCCUCCGGCUGCAGCAGGUCCUGCUCACCCUGGGUCCUCAGUGGCUGCCUGUGGGCGGGGCUGGGUCAACACAGGUGUGUGUUAAAGGUCUCUCAGCAGAGGCGGCGGUCCUCCUGCUGCCCCCCUCAUCCCCUUCCCUGCAGGAGGCCUACCUGUCUCUAAGGAGGCUGCAAGAGCAGCGCUCUCUGCUGCUCUUCAUCCAUGAGUUCAGCAGGAGAGCUCGUCUGGCUGCAGCCUUCAUCUCCAGAGUCUCACACCUGCUGGAGAGAGCACACCUGAAGCUGGUCCAGACCCGGUCCUGCUGGUCUUCCUUCAGGGUGGGUCUGGUCUCUCUGAGUCAGGAGCUGCGGGUCCAUGUAAACCACUGGUCCUGUCUGUUCUCUAAAGUCCAGUCAGACCAGAACCUGAGACGGGCUGUGGUCCGGCAGACCCAGCUGCUGCAGAAGGUCCAUCAGAGUCUGGACCUGCUGGGUCUGCAGGCUCUGGUUCUGAUGGAGCGGUUCGUCUUCCUGGUCCUGAGUGCUGUGGCCCGUUCUGACCUGGACUCAGUACCAAGGGAGGUCCUGGAGGACGUGUUGGCGGGGACCGAGCUGUAUAACCAGGCUGUUGGGGAGCAGAGAGCACAGCACAGCGCCACCCAGCUGAGGACUACAGUACUACAGCAGGCCCAGCACCCCACUCUGGGUCCUGGACUUCCUUGCAGCAGGGGGUGCCACCCUGCAGGUGUCUCAGUCAGAGAGCUGAUGGCGGUGUUAGCGGAGCAUCAAGCAGAACGGGUGGCCCGACAGCUGCACGCCUGGACCUCUGACCUCUCCGACACCUGUUGGGUCCACAGGGUCCUCACAGGUCUUGAACCUUCUGCAAAUCAGGGGGUCCACUGUGGAACUAGAACUGUAGGGUCUGAGUGGACCUGGGACCAGCUGCAGCACAUGUACCCUACAGCCUUCAUUACUCAUCAGCCCCCUCUGCAGCCAUCUGCUCCUAAAUCCUCCUCACAAAAAUCUCCUCCAGGUCUCCUCUCAGACCUCCAUCUGGACCAGGAAAACCACCACCCAGGAUCCAAGAGUUCCCCAGUCCAACACAAGACAGAACCCACUAACAGAGACCAGACCAGCCAGUGCCAAACACUAAAACAGACCAGUCCGCAGACUCUGGUCUCAGACAGACAGACCAGUUUAGAGCCCAGUCCACCUCAGUCUGUGCCUCUGUCAGGGGUACCUCAGGACCGGGUCUCAGUGGAGCUGCUGCAUCAGCUGCUGGUCUCCUCAGGUGAGCUGCUAGCUCCUCUGACAUCACGAACACAUGAACACCUGAGCCCCAGUACAGAACCAGAGGAGACGUCUCCACAGGGGAGGACUGCUCAGGUCUUUAAUCCAAAGCUGGAGGAGUCUGAGAGACUGAGACUGGAACUGAACCAGGACCAGCAUGUGGAGCUGGAGAUGAGAUCAGCAGCAGAGACCAUGAACGGUUCAGGUAACCAGGUUGAUGCAGACCCAGAGAGGUGGACAGAGUCUGCCUCAGAGGUCCCGGGAUGUGUGCGCUGGUCUCCCUCCGUGCAGUGGUUGGACCUGGGUCAGUCUGUGGUGUUUGCAGAGGUGAUGGCAAAGUACCGCCCCCUGUUGGUCACUCUGUGCAGCAGAGCUCUGUGGUUGCAGCUGGUCGCCCCCCCAACACCAAAGUCUGCAGAGAGCAUCAACCUACAGGAACCCCCCAGUAGGACCAGGAUCCUGCACAGAGUCUGGCAGGCUGCAGAAACAGAUCUGCUCCCACAGGAGUUCAGGGACAUGCUGCAGGACUUCAGUCUGUAUCUACUAGCCUCUACUGCACAUGCUCAGUGGGACCAUGAGGUGUGCAGUGCCUUAGGCUCCUCUCUGAAGGACAGGUGUCUCACAGACAUCAGUCGUCAGUUGUCCUCUGAGCAGGAUGGCGGGGUGAUGAUGUCAUCGACCAUGGAGCACUUCCUGCGUCUGCCCCCUCCUCUGUUGUCAUCCUUGAGCAGCUGUCAAUCAAACAGCAGGAGCUCAGGUCCUCUGAGCCUCCCCCCCUCCAGGCUCUCUCUGCACAGGCACACUGUUAGCUUAGCAGUAGCCACGGUGCAGCUGUCUUCAGUCUGGGUCAUGUCCAAGUCUCUGCAGUUCCUGUCUUCGUGGAGCCUCAUCAAGUUCCUGCUCAUCACCCAGGGGGACCUCAAGGUGCUGACAGUGUCUUUAGAGUCGAUGCUCCAUCACACUCAGUCCCUGAUGAUGAAGACCUUGAACAGUCAGUCUGCUCUUCAUCAGCAGCAGCAGCAGCACCUGCAGCUGAGACAACAGCUGAGAAACCUGGACAGAGCUGUGUCCAAUCUGCAGACAUUCUCAGGUGUGGUUCUGAAGACGUUCUCCAAGGACUGUAAGAUGAUCUCAGGGGAGAUCUUUGAACAGACCAUGCCCACUGCUGUUCACUGGAGACCCAGCCUCAGGACAGGUUUUCCCAGCAGUCCCAGUGAGUAUGCCUCUUUGGCAGCUCAGACUGUGAUUGGUCAGGUGUUGGAGGGCGUAGCCCCGCUGUCUGAAGACGCUCGUGUGCAGGCUCUGAGUAUCACCAUGACAGCGUUCAUGGAGGCGUGGAUGGAGCACAUCCUCCGACACAAGAUAAAGUUCAGUGUGCAGGGAGCUCUGCAGCUGAAGCAGGACUUUGACUCCAUCAGAGAAAUGAUCCAAUCAGAGAGGUACGGACUGUCAGCUGACCUCCACCACAGACUGCUCGGCCUCAGGGUGUUCCAGAAGGUGGACUCGGCUGUAGUGUGUCUCCUGCAGCAGCCUCAGGCUAAGCCAUAUCUGCAGUCCAGAACAUGGGAGCCAUUCACACACUGCUGUCCAGCUCACAGCAGCACAGACAGCAUUGACUCUGUGGUCGGCAGCAGCAGUAUAACCAACCUCAGGUGUAUGGACGGGGAGGAGCUUACUGACCCUUCCAUGGUGACCUCUGACCUCCCACCUGUGGACCCCUCCACCCCAGAAGAGCCCUACCUGGCCCCGAGUGCAGCGCUGGGCUCGGCUCAGCAGGACUGGUUAGACCUAAGGAUCCACAGCACGGCCCGUCGUUGGAGACUACCAGGACUACACUGUCUGUCAAAGUCUGAACCAUGAACAUCCACAGACUGCCAGAGACCAUCAGAAGAACUCGCAGACCAACACAGAUCAUCAGAGACCAGCAGAGACCACACCAUAUUGAAACUCUGAGACACAUAUUUUAUAAAAUAUGAAUGAAAAUGUUUUAUUUUUGAACCUUAGGUUGUUUAUAUUUCUAAACAAAUACAAUGUUUAUUUAUGUUUAUUAAUAUUUAUGUUUGUUUUGCUGCUUGUUAUAAAAAAUAUUUUUGUAUUCCUGAAUAAAAAUACUUUUGUAUUCGUAUGUUG